UGAAGCCUGAAGUGAUGACGUAACACACUUGUAUGAAUGCAACCUGUUUUUUUUCUUCUAAUUAAAUGUUUUUAAAAUAGACAAUUGACUGCUAUCUGCGGUUAGCAUUGUUAGCUCAUCUAAUGGAGGAACAGAAAAGAUUGAGAGCGACGUUGGCCGUGGUCGUGGCGGUGGUCAAAAGCCGGCCUGCGGGCGUGAGCAGUCGCCAUCACUUGGAAGCUUUGGCAAGCAGCCUGCAACGCCAAGAGGGGAGGAAGAGGAGCCAAGCCGACAUGCUGAACAUAAUCACCAUGACGACAGCAGGCAGCUCCUCGGACACGCCAGAACUCCUCCCGUUGGCUUUUCUGUCCAAUCAGCCCAAAGAUCCUGAGCGAGGUGCGGCGAGUCUUCCUCACGUACAUUUUCUGCAGUCACUGUGCACGUUACGCCGAGUGGGCAGUGGUCCAGACUCGCUGUGGCUCGGUCCAGGCGAGAGUGCGGGUACGCUUUUGCCGGACACGCUGUGUGUGCUCAUGGACUCUGUGGUGUCGGCGUUUAGGGACCGCCGCACCGCCAAAGAAGGCGAGCUCGCCCUAAAGGCGUGUCGGGCAUGGACACAAGCAUUGGAUUGGUUCUUCUGUCAGAACACACCGUGUGGUGACUUGAUGACGCGCAUGCACUCGUCUUUGAAGGAGCUGACCGCCAUCUUGAUGCACGCCAACCAGCGCCAAACUAAUGUAGAGUUGCUGACGGCCUGCUUGGUAACAUUGGCAAACAGUCGCAUGUCAAAGUCCUUCUUGGUUGGCCACUUCCUGUGUGAGGUCAACAUGCUGGCUGACAGGCUGUGGAACGCCAUGCAGGACGACUCUCCUCUUGACGUGUUUCCUGUGGAUCAUUACCAGAACUUGAGUCACAUUUUGUGGAUCCUGGAGGAGCAUCAGCAGAACAGUGAGGUGGCGUGGCCAGAGGAGGAGUGGUCUGAGUGGGUGGACCGCCUCCUUCACUUAGAACAACGAAUGUUUGCUCUUUCUGAGGAGUUUCCUCUGUUUGCCAUCAUAGUGUGGAGGAUUGUGGCGCUCCUGAAGAGACAUGUCCACUUCCACUAAGACUCACAGGCUGUCUUGGUGUCCUGCUGAAGAAGACGUUUGGGAGCAGGGAGUUUGGUUCCAGAGCAUAGUAGAACGUGAUGACACCUGCCAGGAAGGACCAGAAGCCCAUCAGGAUGUGGAUGUACCUGCAAAUACAACAACCACAUCAUCACAUAUUCAUCACAACCUAUCAUAGCAAUUCACCAAUGUCACACAUGCAUGCCCCCUACUGGCUGUGAGCAGUACAUGCAUGGCAUUGCCACUAUUGAUUCGCUAUGACUACAGAAACCCGGCUCUAUCAUAAACAUAAACAUUAGUAACCUGAAGGAAAAAAGAAGAAGCUAUCACAUGAAUGCUGACUCAGAUCAUGCAACAAGUGAUUGAAGGUGAUAUUGUGUAAGUAAAACAAAUAAUAUUUUUAAACUUUACUGCCUCUCGGACAUUUACGGCACAUUAAUUUAUAAUUGUGUCAUCAAAGAAUAAAAAUGCAUUUUUGUCAAUAUGCAUUCAAACAAAACAAUGAUAGAUGAUGAUGGUACAACACAUAAUACACAAGCUAUGGAGAUACAAACACCUGCAUUUAAAUUAAAUAAGAACAAGAUAGAUUAUCUUGAAAUAUGAGAUCAAAUUGUAUGAUUUUUUAAAACUACAAAUAAACUUAAAAUAUACAUUUAAAUGUGAUUCAAUGAACAAUGGCUACAGUGUAGCACUUUAUGACAUUGUCGAGUUAAUGAGAUGCAUUUUGACUGUUGUAAUUUGGCUAUUAUUUUUGGCUAUGGUGGUGAUGGA